AUCUUAAGCUAUCUGGUCACAUCUUUUCAAGCUCGCUUGCUGUUGCUGCUGUUCACGUUCUUCUUCGUGCUGCAACGUGAACUCUGAAGAAUGAUUUGGUGGACAAAAUGGUGUCGAUCCCAAGAGCUGAGCGAAUUGGAUUCUGUAAUGAUCUCUCUCCAAGUUUUUGAGGAAGGCUGGAUCAUGUUUACAGGAAGUUGAAAAGGGAUUUUUCAAUAACCAGUCAGAGCACCGAUGGCACAACUUUGCUUACCGCAUGUCAACCCAGAUGAAAUGAGGAAAUUAUAUCAGAGAAAUAGGGCUACUUGUUCGUCGUUUGUUUGAUUUGAUUCCCAGGUUGAUAUCAUUUGUCAAUUCUACAGAAAUGAAACUACCAAGUGUGUAUGCAGGUGCUGACAUUGUACGUAUUGAUCCAAGAUAGAGUUUGUAUUUUAUCGUCUGCUCGUCGAUAAAAGUUUGAAUUGAAAACAAUUUGAUAGAUUAACAAAUAGAUAUAGCACGAGACGAGAAUAGUCGCAAGUAUAGAAACAACGAAUCGCGCGAACAAAAGGUUGAAUUUCAGCAUCUGUCGUUGAAGGCGCAAGCUUGCCCCCACUGCAAGCAAGAGCUUGGGUUUGGGUUAUGCUUGCCCUAAGUUCAAUUUGAGACGUGCCGAAUGUAAGAACUAAGAAUCAGAAGAGUCCAACUCUAAGAAAAUAAAGGACCUAAUCCAUCUCUCUUCUAUUCUUCUUUUUGCCCUGUUCUUUCCUUCCAAUUUCCUUGUACAAAAGAUAAUAUUAAAAAUGAAUUUCCUUCUAAGUUUUCUUUCAGUGAAAAGAAAAGAUUGGAGCCAAAAACAAAACGAGUAAGCCAUUGUACUCGUUUUCGACGACGACGACGAGUCGACGACCACCAUCUUCAUCAUCAUUUUCCUCCGUCUUACUCAGCGAAACAUCCCACCCACCGGCCAAUCAAAUCCCUCCCAGCCCUUUCCUCUCUCUUUCUCUUCUCUCUCCAUGUUUCAUUGAUUGGUAUAAUAUAUUUACUUCCGCUCUGUUUUUUCAGUUUUCCCCCUUCUUCUUCUUCUUCUUCUUCUCGACUUCAUCAGCUGCGUGUGUCACUAAACGUACACGGCAGGUUAAGGUAAGCUUUCUCUGUUCUGCCUCUCUUGCCUUUCCCUUUCCAAUUGAAGGAAUUUUGGGUCGAUCAUAGAUUGUCUCUUCUUUUCUGGGUAGUCUUUUGAUUUUGGAUGAAUGAUCAAUCAGCUUGCCUUUUCUGUUCGUGGUUGCCGAUUGAAGUCAUCACUCUGAAUUAUAGCUGCUCUGGUUUUCUCUUUCUUCUCCCCUUUGUUGAAAAGCCUGUCUUUCAAUAGAAAGCUGCGGAUUCUGAAUAUUCAGUUCGAUCAUCUUUUUGAUGACUAAUUAGCUGCUGAAAGAGCCAUGUCUGACUAGGAUAGGAAUACAAGUUCAGGGUGAUUUGGGGAAUCCAUGUGGCCAAAUGGAAUCACUUUUUUUACGGAUUCCAUAUGCUUGUGGGCUGUAGCCUUUCGAUUUGCACCCAAAAGAAAUAAGCAUAGUUGUUGAAGCAUCUUGUACUUUUUUGCCUGAUCCACCUUUUCCUAGACUUAUUCCCGUUAUAGAAAUGUUUCCUACUUGGUUGGCCUUGUGAAAGAACUGAUCAUGAGUGUUAAUCAUUGAUGUUUGAUAUGGUCUUGUCACAGAAUUGACUGCUUCUUGCAAUUGAAGGGCAGGGUUUUCCUGAGCUCAGCCAGUUAGUUACCAUGAGUAAUCUAAGGCUUGGAGUUGAAGUUGUUGGUGCUCAUGACCUUGCAUCGAAAGACAAAGAAGGUGGUACAUCCCUCUCUUUCGUGGAGCUCCAUUUCGAUCAUCAGAAGUUCCGAACUACCAUCAAGGACAGAGAUGCUAACCCGGUUUGGAACGAGAGCUUCUACUUCAACAUCUCUGAACCAAACAACCUCCAAAACCUCAACCUUGAAGCCUUUGUCUACAGCAACCACAGCAGGGAAAACAACAACUCCAAGACGUGCCUCGGGAAGGUUCGCCUUACUGGAACAUCGUUCGUCCCUCAUUCUGAUGCUGUUGUCUUGCACUACCCGCUGGAGAAGCAUCGGGUUUUUUCUCGUGUCAAAGGGGAGCUUGGCUUGAAAGUCUUUGUCACGGAUGACCCUUCAAUCCGAACAUCCAACCCACUUCCUGCAAUGGAGUCUGAUUCACGGAAGACUAGUACUGAAGCUCAUGGAUCGAAAACUAGCCAGCCGUCAAACAUGGUCCAGAAAUUGUUCUCGAGGGACAAAGGUGACACAAGGCACACAUUCCAUCACCUCCCAAAGGAAACUAAGCCAAAACAACAACGGGAAAUGAAUUCUGGGCCUCCUGAACCACAGGUGAAUUACGGGGCUCACGAGAUGAAGUCUGGACCAUCGGCCCCAAGAACUGUUCGUAUGUUUCCUGGAGCAGCACCACAACCACCUGAUUAUUCACUCAAGGAGACAAGUCCUUAUCUUGGAGGUGGAAGAGUCGUAAAAGGGAGGGUCAUACGUGCAGAUAGACCAUCCGGAACUUAUAACCUUGUCGAAGAAAUGAGGUACCUUUAUGUGAGAGUUGUGAAAGCUCUUGACCUUCCUCAGAAAGAUAUCACAGGUGGACUUGACCCAUAUGUUGAGGUCAGAGUUGGGAACUAUAAAGGCAGGACAACGUAUUUUGAGAAGAGGCAAAACCCUGAGUGGAAUGAGGUGUUUGCAUUCGCAAGGGACAGGUUGCAGUCAUCUGUUCUUGAAGUUGUGGUCAAAGAUAAAGACACAUUACUUGAUGACUUCGUCGGGCUCGUGAGGUUUGACAUGAACGAGAUCCCCACCAGGGUACCACCUGAUAGCCCGUUGGCUCCAGAGUGGUAUCGGCUUGAAGACAGGAAAGGGGACAGGAGGAAAGUUGGGGAGCUUAUGCUUGCUGUUUGGUAUGGCACACAAGCUGAUGAGGCCUUCCCCGAUGCUUGGCAUUCUGAUGCAAUCGCUCCUAAAGACGGCAAUUCAUCCACUGCCUCUUCACAGCUCCGGUCAAAGGUGUAUCACUCUCCUAGAUUGUGGUAUGUUCGAGUCAACGUGAUCGAGGCACAAGACCUUGUAGCACAGGACAAGAACCGGUUCCCUGAUGCAUAUGUGAAGGUACAAAUGGGGAACCAAGUUUUCAGGACGAAGAUGGUUCAAGGUCGAACGAUGAAUCCGGUUUGGAAUGAGGACUUGAUGUUCGUUGCUGCUGAGCCCUUUGAUGAGCAUUUGGUACUCUCGGUCGAAGAUCGUGUUGCGCCCAACAAAGACGAGAGCAUAGGUAAAGUUGUGAUCCCCUUGACCACUGUUGAGAAGCGUGCUGAUGAUCGAUUCGUCCGUGGAAAAUGGUUCACCCUCGAGAAGUACAUUACACCUCCCACGGAUGAUCGCCAGGAAGGUAGGAGUUUCUCCAGCAGACUCCAUCUCAAGGUAGUGCUGGAUGGAGGGUACCACGUCCUAGACGAGCCAAUCCACUACAGCAGCGACCUUCGACCAACAGCCAAACAACUCUGGAAGCAGUCAAUCGGUGUAUUGGAGCUUGGCAUUCUCAAUGCUGAUGGGAUUCAUCCCAUGAAGACGAGAGAAGGGAAAGGGACAUCAGAUACAUACUGUGUAGCCAAGUAUGGACCGAAAUGGGUCAGGACUCGAACCAUCAUCGAUAGCUUAAGCCCCAAGUACAAUGAGCAGUACACGUGGGAAGUCUAUGACCCUGCAACAGUCCUAACCGUUGGUGUCUUUGACAACAGCCAGAUCAAUUCCAACUCGAAUGGAGCCACCACCAGAGACUCGAAAAUUGGCAAGGUUCGAGUAAGACUCUCUACACUCGAGACGGGCAGAGUCUACACACAUUCAUACCCACUGCUAGUCCUCCACCCUUCAGGUGUCAAAAAGAUGGGCGAGCUCCAUCUGGCCAUCCGAUUCUCCUACACAUCCUUCACAAACAUGAUGUACCUCUACUCCAAGCCACUCCUCCCAAAGAUGCAUUACGUGAAGCCACUGCCUAUAGCGCAGCAGGAUAUGCUGCGAAACCACGCGGUGAACGUAGUUGCAGCGAGGCUAAGCCGGGCAGAGCCACCACUGAGGAAAGAGAUCAUAGAGUACAUGUCCGACGCACAUUCUCAUCUUUGGAGCAUGAGGAAGAGCAAGGCUAACUUCUUCCGCCUGAUGUCGGUCUUCUCGGGACUGUUUGCCAUCGGGAAGUGGUUCGGAGAUGUGUGCAUGUGGAGGAACCCUGUGACCACAGUACUGGUCCAUCUCCUCUUUGUGAUGUUGGUCUGCUUCCCGGAGCUGAUUCUCCCGACGGUCUUCCUCUACAUGUUCUUGAUCGGCCUGUGGAACUAUCGAUUUCGGCCCAAGUAUCCUCCACACAUGAACACGAGGAUCUCGUAUGCUGACGCGGUGCAUCCUGAUGAGCUAGAUGAGGAGUUUGACACUUUCCCUACGACGAAAGGUUCUGACAUUGUGAGAAUGAGGUAUGAUCGGCUGAGGAGCGUGGCAGGGAGGAUACAGACAGUGGUUGGUGAUGUGGCGGCUCAAGGGGAAAGGAUUCAGGCGCUGCUGAGCUGGAGGGAUCCACGUGCCACUGCGAUAUUCGUGACGUUCUGCCUUGUGGCUGCUGUUGUGUUGUAUGGGACUCCAUUCCAGAUUUUGGCACUACUGGUUGGGUUCUACACCAUGAGGCAUCCUAAGUUCAGGCAUAAGACGCCGGCUGCUCCGGUCAACUUCUUUCGACGCCUGCCUGCGAGGACUGACAGUAUGUUGUGAUUAAGUUAUAGUUGGGAGUUUGGACAGUGGUGAAAAAACUGAUAUCCUUUCUGCUGAUAUGAUACUGUAAAGAUUUGGCGUGGUUCGAUAUUAUAUAUACGCAAUCGAAAUGAAGCAUGCAAAGGCUCUUUGUGAUUCCAACCAAAAUAAAUCAGACGUUUCUGAACAGGAAGCAUUUACAAAUGGCCUAGCCAAAAAAAAUCAGAACAUAAGG